UUUUUGAACUUUGACGGCGACUUUGCUGGGCGCCCAUUUCUUGGAUGCUGCAAGUAUAGGUGCAGAAGAGUUGUCGAUGAAAUGACACAUUCAAGUCUUAUACCAUUCACUGCCAUGCCGACACAACGCCGGCUACGCGUGUCUCCACUUAUUCCUCAGGGUCAUACCGCGCUCUUGGGUCUCAGGACGACGGACCCUUCGUUCGGCAUAUCUAAUUUUACGUUUUCCAAAAAUACUUUCGCGCCCACCUUCAAGUUGUUUACGAUGAGAAUGGACGUCCUUCUGCCACCCCGCUUCAGGAUAUCGUUUCCGUCUAAUCGGCGCUUUGGAUUUGCUUCUAUCGGCGGUACACUUUGUCUCUCCAAUUGUAUCUACGCGUUCCAUGUUUUCCUCUUGAAUCCAACUUCAUUUUGGUACUCAGCUCCCUAAUAUCUUCAUUAUUACAUGUUAGCGACACCCUUCAUCUGCGGCACAAUAGGCGACAGAUUAGAAAUCUGCCAAGGUUCGAAUCCUGCAGGUGUCUAUCACGUUUCAACGCCUUUUUUCCUGACAGGUCAUCCCGGCGCCGGUC